AUGGGAAAGUGGGCACCUGGUCAUUACGACGAUGUCCUUAUUAUCAAGCUCAAGAAAAUAUUCGCCCGCGCCCUGGAGUUGAAUGAGUUUACGAGACGCGAUGACUUAAACCGUCGUGGAGAAAGUGGCGACUCAUCAAAGCGCCCAUUGUUCACUUUUGAACAAUUUACUGCUGAGCUUGAUGAUAGCGACCCUUUCGUUCUCGGUUUAAUUGGUGUUUUGGUGAAAGUGGGUGUUUAUUGGCCUUUUUGCCUUCCAUUCCACCCUGAAGAUGCCGCUGUGCAGGAGGUGGCAUCCCGGCGCGAUCGUCAGGGGACUGGUGUAUCACCCCAUGAUCCCACCACAGGCCGUAUCUCGGAGCCCUCAGAAAUCGCACUCAGAGCGCUGUUAGACUCCUCAUCUGCGGUGGAUGCCGGUUCAUCCGGUGGCUGGGCAUCUCGCGCCUUCAAUAACGCGGAUUCAUCCCACCCGGAAGGGAAUUGGUUGCAACGGCUCGAGGAAAUACAUGGGCGGGAAGUUUCGCGGUAUGAUGAUGUAGUGAUGUCAGAGCCAUCAUAUACCCCGCCAUCAAAUGCCGGGGCGGCUGAUUACUGGACGGGACACUGGGAAGAUGUCACUCCGCCAGUGGCCCCUCGUUCACCUGAUCCAUCCACUGGAUCCAGUGUUCUUGUUGGUCGUCGCCGUGCUCUUCAAAGAGCGCGCACUGCGGAAUUCGCAUCGCAUACAUCACGACGAAGGUCUAGUCAACGGAUAGGGCUGUUAGAUGAACGCAAUCGAGAUGGUGAGGCCGGGGAUGAUGACCCUCUUUCGGGUAUUCCUACACCAACCCUUCUCGUUCGGCCCCCCGGUGGGAGAGAAAGGCGUGGUUAUGAUGCUGUGCGAGACGCAGCCAUGCGAGAGAGUGGUUCCUCUGAGCUCGGGCCCCGAUCCAGCGAGGGCCCGCAUUGGGUCCCGCCCAGACUGCCCUCUCCCAGCGACCAUGAUUCGGCGUUGACGAGUCGCGCCCUUCUACUCCGAUCACGCACUCCCAUUGCCCCUGCAUCGCAAGGAGGCCCCACUAGGACGCUACGUCGAGGUGGUCUCCGAGCGCCUGAACUUGAGUUGGUCUCAAGGUUCCAUUCCCCGCCCCCUCGCCCUUUGGCUGUAUACCGGUCGCCAUCUCCCAUGUACUCGCCCCUCACUCCUAGUGAUCGUCCUGCAGGUGCAAGUGCCGUGCCAACGUCUGUGGCAGGAGAACCCCCGACUGUCGUCGUCCAGCUUGGCACUCCUCGUUCACUCUCUCCUAGCGAGAAUUAA